CUUUAGUCCCAGCAUCCUUUGCUCGCUCUUUUUGGUCGGCCAUAUUGACUAGCAAUCAUGAAGACCAUCCAGGCAAGCCGUGUAGUGGUAUUUCCUGCUAAUGUUUCAGCUAAGCUGAAAUGCCGUGAAGUGAUUGUCACAGGACCACGUGGUACUCUUAGAAAAAAUUUCAACCACCUCAAUAUUGAACUGACGAUGUUAGGCAAGAAGAAAGUUCAAGUACAGAAAUGGUUCGGUAACCGCAAAGAGCUGGCAUGUGUGCGUACAGUGUGCAGCCACAUUGAGAACAUGAUAAAGGGAGUGACAUUGGGUUACCGCUACAAAAUGAGAUCAGUGUAUGCUCAUUUCCCCAUCAACUGUAAUAUACAAGAAAAGAAUACCCUGAUAGAAAUCCGAAACUUCUUGGGUGAGAAAGUUAUCCGUCAUGUUAGAAUGCGACCAGGUGUUACUGUUGAGAUGUCCACAAAAAUGAAAGAUGAAAUUAUCUUGGAAGGAAAUGAUAUUGAAUUGGUUUCAAAUUCAGCUGCCUUGAUCCAGCAAUCCACUACAGUCAAAAACAAGGAUAUCCGUAAAUUUUUGGAUGGCAUUUAUGUGUCCUCAAAGACAACAGUGGAAGAAGAGACACAGUAACAAGGGUUUAAAAAUGGUCAUUCAUGUACGAAUAAAAGAUUGAUUUGAGCCGUGA